AUGGCGCAAAUUGAUCAUAGAAGAUAUUGGGAACCAUCAAUAGCUGAAUUUUGGAGUAAUGCAGCUCCAGAUGAUGAAGCGCCUGGAUUCCCAUGUUUUACAGUAUUUUUGUAUAAAUCUGUUAAAGAAGGAGAACAAGGUGAUGAAGACCCAAGUAAAAUCUUAGAUAACGUUCUUUUUACUUUCCCUUCUAAUGUUCAAGAUCGCCAUAUGCAUGCAUUAAUCGGUGGAUUGCAGACAUUUACAACAUUUUCGAGAUUAAAUUUAAAUAAAUUAUUGACAUCAUUCACAUGGAGUCAAUCAAUCAUCGCUGUUCAAACAAUAGAAUUGCAAGAAGGUGAUUUGCUUAUCAUGGCUCUUAAAUUACCAAAAUUCUUUUCAGCAAAUUCAACAAGAACUGCACUAAACAAUAUAAUUCAAGCGUUGAAGUUUACAAUACCAGAAAUGAAUAAGAAAAUGACAAUCGAAGAAGCAAACAAACUCAGAGAAUUGCUGAAGAAGCAAAUUCAAUUAAUCGAACUAGCAGGUUUCCCUCAAAAAUCUGACGAUCCAUUUACAUUUGCUGCUCAUCCAUUCGCGGCAUCAGCUUCAAAGGCUGCAACUUGCCUUGCAACACAAUUAUUCGAAUUUGCACGUCAAACAUCACCGUUGGUUAUUGGAUCAGCUAUUUUUACAAAGACAGAUUUCGUUCUUACAGAAAUUCGUGAACCACUUCUUGGUUUCUUACCAUAUUUCAGAACAAUCGCAGCCAAGCUUCCGGAUUUCGAAACAAGUCGUUUCAUGACAUUUCCAAUAUGGAUAAACUUUGAUGAAUACGGUUGGACGAAGAAAGACGGACUUCCUCACGAAUGUUCUUUAUCUGUUUUUAAUUCAUGUUCAAUUUCGUAUUACGUACUUCUAGAUGCACCAAGUACUGACAUUGCAUCUCCUCUCGCCAAACUCCUCAGCCUUCUUUCAAACGGAAUUGCAGAGUUCGCUGUAGAAUGCGAAUCUUCUCCGAAAGAAAAAAUUGAAGGAAAUCCGGCUGUUAUUUUCUGGUCGGAUACUAGAGCAACGAAGAUGAGUGCUACAACAGAUAUACCGUUCAUCCAGCGUAUGGCUGACAUGCACAACCAGUUCGCAGAGACAUCAAAUCUCAGAGAACUCUGCAUUUUGCAGAAUCAGAGAUAUUUGACUGGAAUGAAGCUUCCUAAGGUAGAAGUCAUCAUGGAAGUGAAGAGCGAUGGUCAGAAACCUUUCAUUGUCGAUGCAUAUGCAAGACUCAAGGAACUAAUUCCUAAUUUACCUCAAGAUUUAUCAAAAUUAUAA